AUGUUGUGCAUACUAUUCGUUUUUUCGGUUUCCAUACCUCCGUGUCUAUCUCAACCUGCUAUUCCACCACCAGAACGACCAGGUUCGUAAGCGCAGUGUGUCUUUUUGAUAAUGCUUCCCAAAAGUUUACAAAAAAUUUAUUGAAAAUCAGAAACCUAGAUUCAGUUUUUUGCAGAAUGCAGUGAAGGAUGGCAGUCUCCUGAUCUGACCUACGUUCCAUCCAUCAAUCAUUGCACUGAUUAUACACCAGGUUCGGUUUUUUUUCAAAUUUGUUUCACAAUAGUCGAAAACAUUAGGUAACGGAGUUGCCUGUUCACCCAACAACCCAUUCACCUGCACCGGAAGAAAUCCAUUCUGCGCAACAGCCGGAGACCGAGUUUUCAAGUGCUGCAGUGAUCGAAUUCAAGAUUCUACUGAGAUUACCACGUUAAAUGCCACUGAAAUCAAGCCAAGUGAGCCAUUAAAACCAAGUUUUCAUAAUUGCCUCAUUCAGUCUGCCCCGCUGGAGCGAUUCCCUACAAAAUGCCACAUGUUUUGUUAUGCGAUCCGACUAUUGUGAAUAUCUGCCCCUAUGACUACAAAGUUUACGACUUUGUCACAAGAGAAAAAAGAACAUAUUUAUUGCAGUGUGUAGAGGCGUCCAAUGGUCAUCAACUUCCAGCAGACGGACGAUCUCUAUGCUGUAAAACCACGACCCUUUAUUCAUUUGCGUCUGUUUUUGGAGAAGCCAAAAUAAGCCCCCGCAUCGUUCCAAAUCCCCCUCUUUCAGCCAUCGAAUAUGUACGUUUCAGUUGUGUCACCCAUUCAGAAAGCAGAAAACAUCACAACAGACACAUACAUGUUUCUAGGUCACUUUGAACGUUCACACUUCCGCCAAAGAGCACUCGCCGGAAAUUAGAAUUGGCGAUCAUUUCGUGCUCACACCCUACAAACUCUUCGAGCCGGCGUAUUUGAAAAAAAUCAAACUAUUCUCGGACUUUGGCCACGGCUCAUUUGUGCAUGUUAUCCUAUUCGGUAAUCGCAUUUCGAACAUGUUCCGGUACAAAGAGGGGGGAGGGCGUUCAAGCGGAAAUAAUUGUGUUGGCGGGGCUUUUUUGAGACACAUGUAAACACAUUUUGACAGAUCCCAUGUCGACAACGGAGACAAUGCAACUGUAUUAUGAUCGACCAACUUCGAAUGGAAAAACGAUUCAUUUAGAUGAGCCAAUUCCGGAUGGAGGUUUAUAUCAUCUUCUUUCUUUCCACUAUCCCACCACAAUUAUUAUUAUUAUUCUUUUUAUAAACUGGCCGGGAAGUGGAAGGAAAGGACCGACGUGCAAUCGAAUUAUGUCUGCUUUUUAGGAUUCAUAUCCAAGAAAAUUUUCAAUGCGGCGCCCAUUACAAACAUUGAAAAUCCGUCACGUCCGGGUCCGAUAAAAGAAUGUGAGGACUUUGAAGACAAGAAAAGAAAGUAUUUUCAGUCAUUUUCAGAUCGAAAACUGUGGAUUGUGCUUGUUUUCAAAACGACGAAUCCGUUGGGACGCAUUUAUGUUUUAUCCAGUAAAGAUCUUCAUAGCAAAUACAGAUCGGUGACCGACUUUUUGAAAUCAGACACUGGAAACAUGCUCGGCACGCCUGUAGCCGGAACUUACUUCUACGUAAGUGCACACUCAUAUAAUUGGUACAAAAAUUAUUUUUUUUCAGCUUACGACUGACUGA